GCGAGAUUUCAGGGACGUCACUUUUAGCGCGGAGUUUGUUGGCGGAAAAGUCUAAAAAGCUCAAUAAACUCUUAUAUUUAGCCGCAGCCCGAGUUAUAUUUACAUAUAUUCGUUUUCGUCGAUUCCACAUUAUCUCAGGACUGUAUGCUGUGCUCAUGAAAUUGUCGUUUGAAGAAACUGUUGCACUUUACAGCAGCAACUAACGCGAUGGAGCUGUUUCCUGUCUGCACUGAAGGCGUCAGCACAGACGGAUGUGUCAUUAAAUCAGACAGAGGUCAGAGGAAAAGCAAAGUCUCAAGGGAAGUGGAAAUAGACAUUGAGAUCCUCUCCAAAGCCGUCCCUCAGCUGGCCAAGGUUUUCCGCAUAACAGACAAAAUUGGAGAAGGUACGUUCAGCUCGGUGUAUCUGGGUGAGGCUCAGAUGCUGGAUGGGAGGAGAGAGAUGUUCGCCCUGAAGCACCUCAUCCCAACCAGCCAUCCCACACGCAUCGCUGCUGAGCUUCAGUGUCUCACUGUUGCUGGAGGCAGAGAGAACGUGAUAGGCGUGACGUAUUGCUUCAGGAAGGACGACCACGUAGUGAUCGUCAUGCCCUAUAUGGAACAUCAAGCUAUUGUUGACAUUAUUGGCUCAUUAAGCUUUGAAGAAGUCCGUCUGUACAUCUUUCACCUGUUGACGGCCCUGAGACACAUCCACCAGUUUGGCAUCAUUCACAGAGACAUCAAACCAAACAAUUUCCUCUACAACAGGAACAGCACAACGUACGCGCUGGUGGACUUCGGCCUGGCUCAGGGUACAGCGGACACCCACAUUGAGCUGCUGAAGGUAGUGAGGCAGAGGGCAUCGCAAAAAGGUGGAGGGUCCACGGGGAAACCAGACACUACACAGCGUAGCAAAGCACCACCAAGACUCCUUCCCAGAACCACCGCCACAGCCUCACCCUCACUGCCUCUGCCUGCACAGCAGUCCAUGAACUUGCCGCCUUCCUGCUCUUCUUCCUCCACCGCCACCUCCCCCUCAGCCUCUCAGAAAGCACUGGUUAAAAAAGCUCGCUCUGUCACCCCCACCGCCUCUCGCACAAAGCACACCAAGGAUUUGACAGGACUACGCAAAGUGCCCCGUCCUGUGUUUGGAGAGAGGAACCUGAACAGCUGCACUCGCGCUCCAUCCACCACCAAGCAAGCUGCCAUAAAGACAGAGUCGGUAAAACCCAGCAAAACAGAGGAGCCAGCCAGUCGAAAGUGCUCUUCCGUCAGCCGGGGCCCGCUGCCUGCGAGGACCCAGAGCAGCGGUCAGAGGCCCCAGAGGACGGUACAGCAGGGCCUCACCUGUAACUGCUACCUGACUGACCGAGUCUGCAACAUCUGCAUGUCCAGGAAGCCGCAGGUGGCUCCCAGAGCUGGAACCCCGGGCUUCAGAGCACCAGAAGUCCUCACAAAGUGUCCCAACCAAGGAACAGCCAUAGACGUGUGGUCGGCUGGUGUGAUCCUGCUCUCGCUGCUCAGUGGCCGCUACCCGUUCUUCAAAGCCAGCGACGACCUGAUCGCCCUCACUCAGAUCAUGAGCAUACGAGGCUCCAGAGAGACCAUCCAGGCUGCCAAGGCCUUUGGCAAAGCAGUGGCAUGCAGCCGGGUGCUGCCUCGGCAGGACCUCAGAACGCUGUGUGAGACGCUGAGAGGACGGAGGCCGUCACCGGAUGAUGAAGUCACACCGCUUCCCGACGCCAACGAAGACUCCACUGUCACCCGUCACCACCGGGUCCAAGAGGAUACGCCCACACACCGUCCCACCGAAGGAACAUUAAAGCAGCACAAAGGUGGAGCAGGUGAAAGUGCUGAGAGGGAACACUCGGGGAACACGGAAACCACUCGCCUUAAGCAGAGCUCAGAGACAGACUGCAAGGUGAAGGAGGACGUGCAGGACUGGGACAGAGUCCCCCAUGAGGCCUACAACCUGCUGGACCGGCUGCUGGACCUGAACCCUGCCACCAGGAUCACAGCUGCUCAGGCCCUGCAGCACCCGCUGUUCAAAGACCUGUGAAAUGGGACCAGGAGUCUCACAUCAACAGAACAGAACUGCCAGCGUCCUAGUCUCUGGUUCACGUACUGAGUCUGCCCACUAAAGAGAAAUAAUGCUGCAAAGUGGAGAGAAAGUGUGUGUGUGUGUGUGUGUGUGUGUGUGUGUGUGUGUGUGUGUGUGGUUCUGAGAGAUUUUGGUCUGGCGAGAAGGAGUUCACCAUUUUCUCUCAUCCACCCGUUAAAUGCUUUAUAGAUUUUAAUAUAAAUAUUCAUUCAAGACGGGUUUGACUUGCUGGUUCACGCGUCAGCAGUUCAUGGCAGCUAUGGUGCGGAGUACUUUGAGGAUGGACGUGUUAUUACUGUGGGCUAGUGUGAUGCCGCGGGUCAAGUUUGGCCUUUUUAUGUUCUGGACAGGGUCUUGUUAAGAGGGGAAAGUACGUAUGUUGUUCACUAUUGUCAACGCUGCCUUAGCACCGCUGUAUGAAGCGACUAUUUCUGAAGUUUGAACGGGCUUUUGAUUUAAAAGUGCAUUUUAAUAGUAUGAAUGCUACUCUACGAGUGUCUGUUUUAGCAGUUAUAAUUUAUAACACGGUAAAUGUAAAGUCUCUCUCGUUUGGAUGUUUUAAUAAAGGGAAGGAAAAACCAGCACGUGGCUGCUAUUAUCAGUAUGUAACAUCUUACAUUUAUGGAGCAUUAAGUUCUGACUUAUUACUUUUUUUUCUUGCUAAUAGCUUUGUAAUUAUUGGGUAGGUGUGAAUUUCAUAAAUUGCUUCAUAGACUGAUUUUAAGUCCAACUAUUCUGCAGGCACCUCGGAGGCAAUAUCCAUUGUUUUUACCAUAGAAAAUAUCACUUAAUAGAACAGCACCUUAUUUAAACUCGUGUGUACAAGAGUUUGAAAGUUUAUUACAGAAGCAAUACAAACUUUGCAGCCAUUAUUUGGAUGUUUUAUAGAUACUGAAACAUUUUAAACGAACCAGCAAACUAAACAACUGAAAAAACACACCAGCACUGUAUGAU